GUCUACUGGUCUUUACCAGUUAGGUUUAUACCGGUGUGGGGAUUGGUCGUUCUUGUCCGUGCAGCGUUCGAGUAAAACUCGCGAUCGCUUCAAAUUAUAACGUAAUUACGUAUUACGUGACGUAAUAUUUUUAUUAUUUUCCCCCGUGUUUUUUUCCACUUCUUUCUUCUUCUUUUUUUUUUUCUAUUUUUCUUGUACUUUUUUUUCGUGGUAUAUCGCUAUUGCAUUUACGUAAUAAUUUUCAUCCCUUCGUUUAUACGAGUGUUUUUCAUGUUUUAUUCUCUUCAUCGUCGGCGUGUUAAAAUCGAGUAUUUUUUAUUAUUCUUAAUUCACGGCUCGCGACAUUAACUGAAAUAAAAUUUGGGAAAGAAGAAAAGAAAUGGGCUGAAUAAGUCGGCCGAUACUCGUAUACCGGUACGCGUAUAACUUUCAAUAAGAUGACGCGCGAUGUCCUCGCAAUUUACAGCAUGCAGAAAUUUUUUCAUCAUCGUUGGGAUACGUGACUCGCAAAAGUUCAUUCGGAUUAUUGGAUUUCAAUUUUCGAAUUUCUGAUCAAUUGACGGCGAGGCGCGGCGGUCUGCGAGCUGGAAAGGAAACGGACUUGGGACGUUACGUAUUGAGGAGGCAUGUGGACAGGGUUACUGGCCCUACUUACAUUAAUUACGAGAUUGUAUUUGGCAAAAGGGACAGAAUUUACUGUCGGUUAUCUUACGGGCUCGCAGCGACGUCCCGAAGAUAUAACGUACAACAGACCCGGCGCUACCAUUUCAGGAGCCAUUACGCUAGCCGUCGAGGAAGUCAACGAAAAAAUACUCGCUCAGAAAGGUCAUAAGUUGAAAUUUGAGGUCGCUGAGACGUACGGAGACGAAACAGCCAGCAUCAAGCAGACUGCUACCUUGGUCUACAAAAACGUCAGCGGAUUUAUAGGACCGCAAGAGACUUGCAUACACGAGGCGCGAAUUGCAGCUGCUUUUAACCUACCAAUGAUCUCAUAUUACUGUACACAUAAUGAAACUUCAAACAAAAACAUAUUCCCAACUUUCGCCCGUACAAAACCACCUGACAUACAGAUUUCCAAAUCGGUCGCCGCUCUUCUACAUAACUUCAAUUGGACCCAGGUUACAUUCCUAUACUCGAGCAGUCCGGUGGACGGAUUUGGAAAAAUGGGCGAGACGGCGAUAUCUGUGCUGGAGAGCGGCGGAAUACGAGUUACACAACACGCAACCUGGGACAAGGUUUACCACUACGGUUACUCGCAAAAUCCGUUCGUCGAUCUCGUUAAACGCACUUACCAGAAAACGCGCAUUUAUGUUGUGCUCGGACAGUAUUACGAACAUUUAGGACUGCUAUCGGCCAUGAAUGACAUGAGCUUAUUCGAAGCAGGCGAAUAUUUUGUCGUCGGCAUCGUCACUCAAGCGUACGACACGAAAGAUCCGGGCAAAUAUUUAAGGAACGCGUUCAAUCAGACAAUCACGCCGUCGCUGGUGCAAAGUUACAAAAACUAUCUGGCCGUUGUACAAAGUCCAGCCCAAGGAUUCGAAGCGUUCAGCAAAAAAGUGAACGAGUACCUGGAAAAGCCUCCGUUCAAUUUCGAAAAUCCUUUGACCGCCGAAAGUAGGGAGAAAAAGGACAACGAGAACUCGACAAAGCCGUCGUUUAAUUUUGAAAAUCUUUUGGCGGUCAAAAGCAAAGGGAAAAAAAUUAGUACAGAAGCGGCUUAUCUAUACGAUGCGGUUCACUUAUACGCGCAAGCUUUACUCAAAGUUCUAGAAGCUGGAGAUGAUCCGUUCAACGGUACCGCCAUCAUUCAUCACGUGAAGAAAUGCUAUUAUAAAAGCGCAUUAGGGUACAUGGUACAUAUCGACGAAAACGGCGAUGCGGAAGGAAAUUAUACGGUGUUGGCUUUAAAACGUCGUCCCGACAAUGAAACUGAGUACGGUCUAUAUCCCGUGGCAAUGUUCAAUCGUCUGGUGCCGAACGUUAAGAAUUUACCGGAAAUGCAAAUGAUUUCGGAUAUUUAUUGGAUUAACGGAAAACCGCCGGUUGCAGAACCUGUCUGCGGAUUUCAAGAAGAAAGAUGCAUUUCCUACACUUUGGAGAUAUUAUUCAGCGUGGCCGGAUUCUUUUUAGUUGUUUUUCUAGUCAUAUCAUUUGUCUUGUACAGAAAUUGGAGAUACGAACAGGAGUUGGAUAGUUUGCUAUGGAAAGUAGAUUACAAAGAUAUCGAGAUGAACGAUCCAGAGAGCAACAGUACCUCUUCCAGUAAAAUAUCUCGCACUCUUCAUCCAUUAGUUGGAACUAGUCAAGUAUCGUUAAGUUCGAAUCCCGAUGCCGAUUUUCGAUAUUCUGCCAUUUACACUACCGUUGGCAUUUAUAGGGGUCGAGUUUUUGCUGUUAAAAAAAUAAAGAAGAAAAAUAUCGAUUUAACUAGAGAAAUGAAAAAAGAACUGAAAGUGAUGAGAGAUCUGCGUCAUGAUAAUUUAAACGGUUUCAUCGGCGCAUGUACUGAUCCCCCGAAUAUCUGCAUAGUUACUGAAUACUGUGCUCGGGGUAGUUUAAAGGAUAUUUUAGAAAACGAAGAAGUAAAAUUAGACAAUAUGUUCAUUUCGUCGUUGGUGGCCGAUAUUUUACGGGGUAUUUUAUACCUACACGAAUCACCUGUUCAUUGUCACGGUAAUUUGAAACCAUCCAAUUGUUUAGUGGAUUCUAGAUGGGUUUUGAAAUUAACCGACUUCGGAUUUCACGAAUUUAAAAAAGAAUCCGAAGAUUAUCCGCAUCAUUUCUCGCAGCACGACACGUAUCAAUUAAUUAACGACAACGUAUCGUGCAAAUGCGAAGGACUUUUGUACAGAGCGCCGGAACUACUUCGAGAUUCAAACUCGUACAUAACGGGUACUCAAAAAGGAGACGUGUACUCGUUCGGUAUAAUUUUGUACGAAAUAAACGGUCGACAAGGACCGUUUGGAAGUUCUACGUGCCUUACGUUAUCGGAAAUGCUGCAAAAAAUAGUCGAUCCUAGUGAUUCAACGACUCCAUUUAGACCUCCGUUAGAUUUAUUGGAAAACAGUUUCGAUUUUGUUCGGGAUUGCUUGAAAGAGUGUUGGGCUGAAAAUCCGGAAGAUCGACCGGAAUUCAAAAUUAUUAGAAAUAAACUACGGCCGAUGAGGAAAGGAAUGAAACCGAAUAUUUUCGAUAACAUGAUGGCUAUGAUGGAAAAAUACGCUAAUAAUUUGGAGGUUUUGGUUGAUGAAAGAACGGACCAACUGGUCGAAGAGAAAAAGAAAACAGACGCCCUGCUGUACGAAAUGUUACCACGAUACGUAGCAGAACAAUUGAAACGUGGCCAUAAAGUAGAUCCUGAAAGUUUUGAUUCUGUGACAAUUUAUUUCAGCGAUAUCGUUGGAUUCACAUCGAUGUCUGCAGAAAGCACACCAUUGCAGGUGGUCGACUUUCUAAAUGAUUUAUACACGUGUUUCGAUUCCAUCAUUGAAAAUUAUGACGUUUACAAAGUUGAAACUAUCGGCGAUGCGUACAUGGUGGUGAGCGGUUUACCAAUUAAAAAUGGAGAUAAUCAUGCUGGUGAAAUAGCUACUAUGUCGUUGCAUCUGUUGGACGAAGUUAGAAAAUUUAGAAUGAGACAUCGACCUUAUGAUAAUCUAAUGCUAAGGAUAGGAAUUCACUCAGGACCCGUUUGCGCUGGUGUAGUAGGUUUAAAAAUGCCGAGAUAUUGUUUAUUUGGCGACACAGUGAAUACUGCUAGCAGAAUGGAAUCAACAGGAGCAGCUUUGAAGAUUCAUUGCAGCGCCGAAUGCAAAGCGUUGUUGGAUCGUUUAGAAGGAUACACGGUGGUGAAACGAGGCAUCAUUGGCAUGAAAGGCAAAGGGGAAGUAUUAACUUAUUGGUUGGUCGGCGAAGAAGCUAACCAUCGAGCCAAGCGUAGUGAAGAACGAAUGAGACGUCGCGAACAAUUAUCCCGCAAAGACGUGUCUAAGCGUAAUAAAAGUUGUAAAAUGGACGUACAACAAACAUCAAUUCCGAGGAGUUCUUUGAAGAAUAAAAAUUCUCUCUCUUGCCCUCGAAACGUAGUAUCUCGAUGCGUUAGUCUGGAAUCUCCGAAAAAGCUACGUUUCGCUAAUGGAAAUAUUCUAGAAUGCAAUCCCUAUCAUAAGUGCAGCCACGAUCCCAUGAUAGACGUCAUCUUUAACGAUAUGCCGGUAAAGAGACGUCCGUCCAAAGUACCCGAACUAGGAGACGAGUUCGCUGAUACUCUGAUGAGCGUUUCGUGUCCUUGUAUCGAAAACAUUACCUCGAAUGCCGAUAAACCUAAAAUACAGUCUACUAAAAGGAAUUAUGACGAAAACGAAUACGAAGAUGGCUACUGUAACAGCGAACCUUAUCUACUAACUUCGUCGAUUCCGUGCAUAUCUGUAAAUUCUGUAAAGGAGGUUUCUAAUUCUACCAAACAUAUUUCCGAUGUAAACAUUCCAUUGUUGCAUAAUCAUUGUGAUUCUGUUAUGUAAACGCGUCAAAUCGCAGUUUCAGUUCUCUUCUUUACUCGAGUAUUACCUAAUCUACCUACCUACUUCUUUAUUUUUUAUAUUUUUUACAAAUUCAAUUUCAACUAGUCGUCCGUGUACAAUAACUAAAGUACCUACCUUGAUACCUUCGUACAUACUAUAUGUGCCGAUAUCUACGUAUGCGUACAAUUUUUUAAUAAAGCGAAAGUUACUUGUC